UUGUACCACUUGUACCAGAACUUAACACCUGAAUAUAUAAAAAAUCAAGACAAAUGUCAACCGAGAGUUAAGAAGUUUUUCAAUAAUCACAAAAACGCAAAGAAGUUCAAAUAUAUUUGCAGAGUAAGAACCAAGAUACUUGGGUAAUAAGUUUGUUUUUCAUAUUAACACUCAUUAACACUCAUUUUUUGUGUGAUUAUUGAUAUUUAUUUCUUGGUGAAAAAAUGUCUGAAUUGUUUUUAACCAAUUCAUCCUAUUCUCAAUUUGCUGCAACAUAAUUUUUGUAUCUGAAAAUUGAUUUUUCAAGCUUGCCCAUUUGCUUGGUUUACAGUCUAAAUAAAAAACUUGAUUUUCAAGUGUUGAUAAAAUAGACGCUAAAUAAUCUUUGUAAUGGGAUAAGAGACAACUUGUUAAACGAAAUUUUAUAGGAACAUAGUAGUUUUAGGAUACAAAUAUUCAUUAGCCAGUGCUUAAUCAGUGCAUUACACGGAAAAAUAUGUGUGGAGUGUUGUGAGAAUAUUGUUCUGCAUAUUUCGAAACAUUGCGUUGCAAUACUUCAAAGGUAAACAUUUACAAAUUGCACAUCAACCGUUGCUAUCAAUUGCUGCAACUUUUCUGCGUUGCAAGGCAAGGAAAUAUUUCAGAAAGAUUUCAGCAAUUCCUGAACUCGAGUGAGGCUCGAAACUUGUGUCGCUAGGAGGAAACGUAGCGCUGGCAUUGGUCCGUUGGUUGCGCGCGCCAUUUUCCGUUCCUUUCUGCUAUAUUUUGUGUAUCAUUAUAUCUACACACUUUCAUACCUCACUGCCAUCAGUGGAGUGUAAAUCUGGUUGUACUAGUACACAAUAGCAGUUACAUUAUCGAAAAGAAACAAAGUUUUGUGUUCUCUUCGAAAAGAAUGUUGAUUCUUUCAAAAGCAACAACUAUUCCAAUUCGGAUUCGCUAAUUGUCAUAAUCUUCAGUGUUUUAUCUGCUACGAUCGAACAAUCCGACAGAGGAACGCUGUAAUAAUUUUACUCUAAUAUGUUGAGGUUAUGUGUUACCUAUCACGAAUAAUUGUUGUUAAUGUUCGAGAGAAAGCAACUUUUACGUUUUCCCCAACGUACAUAAGAGUGAUCAACAACAAUUAUUGACAAAAAUAAAUGAAACCAGAAAGAAACAAUACAAUAAAGUGUAACAGUUUAUUUCAUUAAAAAUCAGUGAGAUAAGAAGGAAGGCAGAGUGUAGUGUUCAACAAAAAUUCAAUCAUGACGAAAAAACCAGGACCCGUUUGGACGUACUACAAUAAAAAAGUCGAUGGCACACAGACCAUCGCGUUUUGCAAAUACUGUAAUCAGUCUUAUAUACAAAAUGCGACAAGAAUGGAAAAACAUUUAGUAAGAUGCGAAAAAUGUCCAGAAUCCGUGAAGGAAACUUUUUCCAAGCACAGAAAAGUUUCUGGCAAUACCAGAGUCAGACGAUCUACGUCGUGGAUCGAUCAAAAAGCCAUAUCCAAUGAUAUGGUCAACAAUGAAUGGGACGAAUCUUACGAGACUGGAACUGUCAAUUUUGAAAUAACUGAAGACAUGGACAUGGCCUUGGAAACUGAAAUACCUGUUCAAAAUGUCACUGAGAAUGAAACUUCCUCCAAUAAUGUUGAAUGGGAACCUGUCAGUAUAAAAAGUAGCAAAUCUCCGUCCCCCAGUAUUUCAGAAUCUCAAGAACGUCCGAGUGCUCCGCAAGAGCGUCCGAGCGUUUCCCACCCCCGAAAGACGACCUUGACUAGAAGAAUAUCGCAGUGGCCAGGUUUUUCAGCAAGGGCAACAGGGCAUUCGCCUCUCCAGAGCAAAAUUCUGCAGGAACAGUUACUGGAACGAAGAAUUUGGCGCAGAGUAGCCGAACUUGAAUUGCGGAAAAAAAAUUUAGAGCUCGAGAGAUUGCAAUGGGAAUACGAAAGAGACAAGAUGCAAAGUGAAUUAAAAAUCAGUCAUGAAGGUCGGAUGAUGGAACUCCGAGAAGAACGCGAGAAACAAAUCCUCGAGCGUGAAAUGGCGGAUGGUUAAGAAGCUCCGAUUAGUUGAAUGGCUCCUCGAUAAUUUUUUUUAUGAACAAUUUUUAGCGCCUUGUACAAGGAAAAAUCACUGCGCAAUUGAAAUUUUACUGGCUCAUCAUUGUAUUAAAAAUUUAUUAUUUCAUUGUAUUAUGGCAUCAUGUAUCGUUUUGGUGGCACUGUAAACAAAUAAAAAUAGAUGUAAAAUAGAACAAAGAAUAAAUUAUUUCCCGUUAACGAUUUCGAUACAUUGAAAAAUUGUAGAAUUUGUAUAACUUUGCAAACAAAUAUACCAUCGGAGUGUUUUUUUUUCUCUUCAAA